GCCAAUUGGAGACUCUAAAUUGCCCGUAGGUUUGAAUGUGUGAGUGAAUAGUGUGUGUUCCCUGCAAUAGAUUGGCAGCCUGACCAGAGUGUAUUCCUGCCUCUUGCCCAAUGCAUGCUUGGAUAGGCUCCAGCACGAGCUCCAGCUCAGGAUAAGCAGGUAUAGGCAAUGGAUGGAUUGAUGGAUGUAUUGGAAUAGGCAAAGCCUCAGAUCUUAGCAACAGUUUGUGUUUUGUAAACAUAGUAGUUAUGUUUAUUUUAUAAGCGUAGUAUGUAAAAAUGAACAUGAUUAUUGACAUCUGAAUUUCAAAAAUACAGUGGGGGCAAAGAAAUGAGAAUUACCCAGUCUUUUUGAAAAGGCACUACUGUUCCAGUCCAGACACAAAGCAAACGACUCUGUAUAUUUUAUUCAAACGUUUGCAUCCGAUGAAAUCUAAAAUGUGUACGACCUUCAGGAAGUGAGUCAGAUCUGUAACACAUUCUACUUUUAUAUUUAGUGUGAAGCAUUGUAUUUGCGAUCAUAUUCUGCCACACUGAUCUGUCUGUAAGGGUGUUUAAUACUAAUGGCACAUUAUCAAACCACUGAGGUCAGAUCAGAAUUUUCUCCUGGUAAGUGUAUUAUCAUAUUAUUUCAUUUAGUCAAAAUUAUCUCACAGUAUUUUGGAGUGUAAGAAGAAAAAACUGGAAUCAAAUAUGAAAAUAAAAUGUAUUUUCUGGGUAGAAAUUAUCGCUGUUUCUUCAAUACAAAUAACAUUCCUCAAGUAAAAGGCCUGAAAUUUAUGGACAUUAGCAGCACCUUAACUCACUGUGUGCGCAUGUGUAGUAUUUAUUAGUCUUGCAGAAUAUUUGUUAGUCUUGUGUAGUAUUUAUGUGAAUAAAUAGAUUACUCUGACAGUGUUUGUUUCUGCCAUUCAUUUUUACAGUGUAAAUAAUAAUCAAGACCUGUAUGUGCGUAUUUGGAUAAAAAAUUUCAGUCUGAUGCAGCCAUGCUCUUCAAAAUCUUGUUGGUAAUCGUCCUCUCUGUGUCAGGUGUUCUGUGCCAGUGGAAAUGGGGAGUGACUUACACCCCUGAGAGAAUCUGUGCCUUAAAGGGGUCUUCAGUAGACAUGAGCUGCACUUACUCAUAUCCCCCAUACUACACUGUUCAGAAAACAUUCUGGUUUAUUUAUGACUGGAACAGUAAACAGGAGGGUGAGCCUGAGGACCUGUCCCAGGACCCAGAGUACUCUGACCGUGUGGAGUAUCUGGGGGAUCAGAACAGUGACUGCACUUUCAGAAUAAAGCAACUGAAAGAAAGCGAUUCAGCAAUAUAUCGCUUCAGGUUCCUGACUGACAGGCAAGAUGGAAAAUAUGUUGGUCUGUCUGGAGUCUCAUUGACAGUUACAGGUCUUCAGGUGAAAGUGACAGAGAAUGAGGCACAGAGUGUAACACUGACCUGUAGCAGCACCUGCACUUUGAGUGGCAGCCCAACCUUUACCUGGAACAAGAAUGGAAAAGUUGUGUCCAAUAAAAAUAAAAAAUCCAUCAAUUUAGCCAGCACUGAUGAUACAGAUCUCUACUCCUGUGCUACAGGAGGAGUCACUUCCCCUGCAGUCAAUGUGAAAUGUGUAAAGGUUGAAAUGGAAUCUGAAACAAGGAGUGAGGGAGAGUGGGUGACACUCACCUGUAAAAUCACCUGCACUGACCUGACUGGUAGCCAAACAUUAAUCUGGUACAAGAAUGGACAAUUUCUACAAAACACAACCCAGAAAUAUCAAAAAAAUCAUCACUACCUUCAGUUCUUAGCCAGCAGUGGAGAUGCAGGCAGCUACUCCUGUGCAGUAAGAGGCCAUGAGAAUCUCUUGUCCCCAGCAGUGACUCUCUAUGCUCCUAAGAACACCUCAGUAUCAGUGCCCCCCCCUGGUGAAAUAGUGGAGGGCAAAUCAGUGACUCUGACCUGCAGCAGUGAUGCCAACCCACCAGUGCAGAACUACACCUGGUAUAAGAAUAAUAGAGCUGUGUCCUCAGAGACAGGAGGACCAGUGGACAGUUACACCAUUAAAAACAUCACACUGCAAGAUGCAGUAGAAUACAUCUGUGAAGCAGAGAAUGCGAUGGGGACAAACAGGACUCCUCCUAAACUUCUUGAUGUGCAGUGUGAGUAUAUCAGUGCAUCUCAGCUUCAGACACACAGAGCAGAGAGUCAGUAUCUCCUGAGUGUCUUUGGACAACUUCACAGCAGUAAGACACUGAGUAAAGCAGUCACACUGGCCAGUGGA